GAUGGUGGAGAGCAAGGCGUCCGUGACGUCACUGCGUUCACCCUGACGUAACUGACGUUGGACUUCUGGACUGCACACAAACCCGGCGCUGGGAAAUUAGCAAGCCAGUUGAGCACGAAGUUUCAGCCAACACUGCGGUUUAAUAAGGUCAGCAUGGCUCUCACACAGGUCUCCUCCAACAAGUGCGCUGGCGGCUUCCAGAAGGUGUUCGAACACGAAAGCACUGAGCUCAGGUGUAAGAUGAAGUUUGCGGUCUACCUGCCUCCCAAGGCCGAGACAGACAAAUGUCCCGUCAUGUACUGGCUCUCAGGUCUGACGUGUACGGAGCAGAACUUCAUCACCAAAGCUGGCAGUCAGGUCCCAGCUGCAGAGCACGGCAUCAUCAUCGUCGCUCCAGACACCAGCCCAC